GGUCUUUGGGGGGUGGAGGGGGGCGUCUGAAUCUUGUGAUGGGGGCAGUGGCUGAGGUCGGGAGCUUCGCCAACGGGUUUUUGGAUAGCUUUGGAGCCGCUUCGGCUUCGGUCGGUUCGCAUUUCGUUCUCACCCCAGCGGGGGCCGUGGACUACAACUCUGCAACGGGACUGAUGCUGGGAGGACAGGCGCUGCUGCAGCAGCCCCAUCAUCACCACCAGCAGCAGCACCAGCAGCACCAGCAGCAGCAGCACCAGCACCACCACCAGCAGCAGCAGCAGGAGAACCUGGUGUCCGCGGAGAGGCUAUCCCGGAGCCUGGCGGACCUGAGCCAUCUGAAAGGGAUCCUGAGGCGGCGGCAGCUUUACUGCAGGACCGGCUUCCACCUGGAAAUCCAUCCGGACGGGACAGUGGCGGGUACCAGGAAAGACCACAGCAGAUUCGGUAUUCUGGAGUUCAUCAGUCUUGCGGUGGGUCUGGUCAGCAUCAGAGGGGUGGACAGCGGCCUUUACCUCGCCAUGAACAGCAAGGGGGAGCUGUAUGGAUCGGAAAAGCUGUCAGCAGAGUGCGUUUUCAGGGAACAGUUUGAGGAAAACUGGUACAACACUUAUUCCUCAAACAUCUACCGGCAUGGGGAGAAAGGGGCCUUCUACUUCGUUGGGCUGAACAAAGAUGGCACGUCGCGGGACGGAACGAGGUCGCGACGGCAUCAGAGGUUCACGCACUUCCUACCGAGGCCCGUCGAUCCAGAGAGAGUCCCAGACCUGUACAGAGACAUACUGGGCCAGAGCUGAGGGUUAAACGCCGCCUGUGCCCUCAUGCAGCUAAAACUGGUCGAAAUAGGCCAACUGAGUGCGCCAAAAGUCAUCCCUUUCCUUUUUUUUUUGGAGACGGAGGAUCUUGUGGAUCUGGAUGGAACAGGGUCGCGAAGAAAGCACUGAGUCUGGUCCACGCUGUUGGGUUGGAGAGGGAAGGAAAAAAGUCUGGGAUAUGAGAAGAAAAACGCAAGUGGACUCUAACAAAGGGACACAGAGCAGGUUCCUCAAAUGUUCCUCAUUGGCCUAUGGAAAGACCCUGGUGGCCAAGAGGAUAAAUUCUUUUAUUUUUUGGAUUUUUAUUAGUUUUCAUUUGAUAAAGUCCAAAUACAUGCUCAAAUGGACAGGAUCUGAUAGUUGUGUGAUUAACCACCAGCUGCUGGUAGCCUCUCACAGCCAUGUCUGCUGGGACUUCACUGCUCCACUACUAUCAGUAGAUGUUUUAGUUGUUUUUUUCUGUCUAACUUUACCGAGGCUGCUAUGGCUUGUUUGUGUUAAAAAACAAACAAGCAAUAGUUUCAUGCACUGGAAAGCAGCCAUGCUUGUUCUGGAAAUCAGCUGCUGCUCAGAAACUACCACUGCUCUGCAAAGUUUGAGAGGAUGACGAAACGAGAGACGGGUCUUUUUGGUUGAAACACGAGGGACUCGUUCAGUGAAGGAAUUUAGCUGUUGUACACCUGACUGUCCGCAGUCACGACAGCGAGCGUCUGGCUGAUAAAAGGCAAACAUUUAGAUGGAUUUUAUUAUUUAUAUGUUGUUGUUUUUUGCC